AUGAUAUUUAUCUACCUGAGUAAAUGUCCAUCCCUACGUCGUGAAUUCUGCCACGGGCUGUCUUCUGCGCGGUACGCCUUGCGCAAGAUGGGCGCGCAGGAGCACGACGAGAGCUUAUUGCCCAUCGUGCGCGUUCCGCACUCGGCGCACUGCACUAUGCUGCCUGUAAUGUUUACACUUAUAAAUGUCGAUAUCUAUAUACCUAAACAUCUUCUGUCGAUGAAUAUGAUCGAGCAGCGCACGGGGGCGGCGCGGAUGCAGGCGCGGCGUGUAAACACCGCCAGCUGCUGGCUGCGGCGCGCACUCACCGCAGCUGCGGGCUGCUCGCGCUGCCGCCGCACGCCCGCACCCGAACUACCACACGGUGACCGCACCGUCCGACCGAUAGAGACCCUAGGGCUGCCUAGCUACCUCCCGGACACACCGACACCUUCGAUUAUCUCGGGAUAUCUUAAAGUGCGCAGAAUAUAUUGUAGUGUGAUACGAAGUCGCUCGCGGUGUGGCAGGACGACACCGGCGACGCGGCUAAACGUCAGAGCAGACUGGGUCGCGAAACAAGCGUGCGUGGCGGCGCUGUGUGCGCACAGUCGUGCCGGCCGCUGCCGCGCACCAGCCGCCCACCGAAAGCCGAGACGCAGCGACGCCCAAACCUAG